GUUUUUCUUAUUUUCCAAUCGCGUGCAAACAAAAGAACCGACGUGACUCGUCAAAGUUGCGAGUAUACACAAUGAGUUCGUCGCGUCUAGGGCAGGAAAAAAAUUAUGUCUCGAGAAAAGCGCCGAUAAAUUAAGUAGUUGCGCAAGCAUGCCAUGAGCCGUUGCGAGGUUACGACACCGCCGUUGCGCAACGACGACGAGUGGACGGAGUGUCAGAUCGGCGAGCUGGUGCGUCUGUACAAGCAGCAGCCCUGUCUCUGGAAAAAGGAUGAUCCGGCCUACCUCGACUACCGCGAAAGACGUCUGGCCUACGAAGCUAUCCGCUACGGAGUCAACCGCAGCAACGUCGGACUGAUCGAGGUUAUACUGAAGGUCCGCCAGGUCAGGAGAGCCUACGUCGAGGAGUGGAGAAAGAUGGUCGAGGCCAUGUCGAAUCGCUCGAGAUACGAGCCGGAGCUUCGCUGGUUCGACGACCUCUUCUUUCUCUACGACUACCUCCACGUCGACGAAAUCGAGAGCAUUGAGGAGGUAGCAAAAGGCAGCUUCAGCAGCUACAGCAGCAACUACUGCGAGGACAGCCCCAGCUCCGCUCUCACCUCCACGUCGAAAGCCAGCUGCUGUUUAUCCGAAAGGUGGCCGAACCACAUCAAAGCCGACGACGACGCGAUGGAAAUAUUCGAGCGGAGGAAAAAUUCCUGCCAGCGUUGCCACUCGACGAGAUUCGCGGGCGGAGCCAGCGGCAGCUUGAAAAUAGCGCCGCGAAGGAGGACCAAGUCAGAUCCCGUCGUCUACGAGAACGAAUCGAUUCAGAGGGUCGAGCCGAGAGACGAGGGAUCGAUGUCGUCGACACGGUCGAGACUAACCAUGCGGAAGUCCUGCGACCAAUACGACCUCUUCGCCAAGAGAAUAGCUUGUCGGCUCAAGCAGAUGAAUCCCGAGGAGGCCAGCAAAGCUCAGAGGGAGAUCGAGACUCUUCUGAUGAACGCGGAAUUGAAUCUGGACAUUUACACGUCGGCGAGCUCGACGGCGAGUACCUUACUCGACAACCGAGUCGAUCCCACCAACAGCCAGACGUUCUCGAUACUACCACACUCCAAGAGCAGAAUCUGCGUUAGUCUGGCCUCGAGCCUACGCACCGAGGGAAAAGUCUGACACACGCGUAUACACAAGUUUUAUAACCUCGUAUAUUUUCUAGAAAUUUUAAGGGGCGUAAAAAAGCCAAUAAACAAAAUUUUAGCUUACA